CAAUCAAAUUAAUCUUUGCUCCUAUCUUUUCCUACCAAUUAACUAGAAACCAGUUAUAUACAUCUCCAUCAAAACCCUCUCUAGCAAUGGCUCCUCAAAACCAACAGCCUAGGCGAACGCAACCGCAACCGCUGCCAGGUAGGGGUUUGAACCCCGUCCUAUGCAUCAUCUUUGCUCUUGUCCUCCUAGGACUCCUUGUGGGUCUCGCUAUAUUGAUCACAUACCUCACCCUCAGGCCAAAGAAACUCGUCUAUACGGUAGAAGCCGCCUCGGUCCAAGAUUUUGCCAUAGCCAAGGACGAUCACAUUAGCGCCAAAUUCAACUAUGUGAUCAAAUCAUACAACCCGGAGAAACAUGUCUCCGUGAGAUAUCACUCCAUGCGCAUCUCCACGGCUCACCAUAACCAGUCAGUGGCUCACAAGGAGAUCCCUGCCUUCAAGCAGCGUCCUAAGAACGAUACAAGGAUUGAGACACAGCUUGUGUCCCACAACGUCGCAUUGUCUAAGUUUAAUGCUAAGGACUUGAGGGCUGAAACGACCAAAGGGCUGAUCGAAAUGGAAGUCUAUAUAACGGCUAGAGUGAGUUACAAGACGUGGAUUUUUCGGUCAAGGAGACGUACGUUGAAGGCUGUAUGUACGCCAAUAAUGAUCAACGUUACGGCGAACUCGUUGGAUGGAUUUCAGAGAGUUUUAUGCAAAACUCGUCUUUAGUUUGGAUUAUUUAUCAACUUGAAAUGGUUCGAUUUGUGUGCAUCAAUACGUUUAUAAGUUAAUUUGCCAUGUGUCCUUGAUUGAUUGUGUGUAUGUGUGUGUUUCUUUUGAAGUUCUUUGUUUUUUUUGUUCUUUUGUAUGCAUUCACUUAUCCAUUUUUAUCUUCUCAUUAUUAUUCUUUUUAUAUGAUAAAAUGUUUUAUA